UCGCGGUACUAAGUAAAAAGACCCUGGGAGCCAUUUUCUUCCCUUUUACGCCACAGAACGACUCAGAUAGUACGAAGCAGCGUGCUAAGGUGAAAUGUCUGACUACUCUAGUGUACCUCCUCCGAGUACGGGAUCUGCAGCGGGGGCAAACGAUGCAUUUAAGGACGCGCUACAGAGAGCUAGACAGAUUGCUGCAAAAAUUGGAAGCGAAACAGGAGCUGCUGUAAACUCUAACGACUAUGGAUUUGGUGGGCAAAAGAGACCACUUGAUGAUGGAGAUCAACCAGAUGCUAAGAAAGUUGCACCCCAGAAUGAUUCUUUUCCUUCACCAAUGCCUCCUAUGCAUCAGCAGCAAAGAUCUGUUGUCACAGAGGAAUACAAAGUCCCUGAUGGAAUGGUUGGAUUCAUAAUUGGAAGAGGCGGCGAACAGAUUUCACGCAUUCAGCAAGAUUCUGGCUGUAAGAUACAAAUUUCACCAGAUAGUAAUGGCAUGCCAGAUAGAACAUGUAUGUUAACUGGUGGUCCUGAUUCUGUUCAAGCUGCCAAACGGUUACUUGACCAGAUAAUUGAGAAAGGGAGACCAACCCCUGGCUUUCAUCAUGGUGAUGGACAAGGCAAUGCAGUUCAGGAGAUCAUGGUUCCGGCCAGUAAAGCAGGAUUGGUUAUUGGAAAAGGGGGGGAAACUAUCAAACAGCUUCAGGAACGUACAGGAGUUAAAAUGGUAAUGAUUCAAGAUGGUCCGCAAAACACAGGCGCAGACAAACCAUUACGAAUUACCGGAGAUCCAUACAAAGUUCAGCAAGCAAAAGAGAUGGUGUUAGAUUUAAUUCGUGAUCAAGGAGGUUUCAGAGAACCCCGAAAUGAUUAUGGCUCAAGAAUAGGCGGCGGCGGCGGCGGAGGAGGAAAUGAAGGAAUUGAUAUUCCUAUACCCCGGUAUGCUGUUGGAAUUGUAAUAGGCAGAAGUGGUGAAAUGAUAAAAAAAAUUCAGAAUGAUGCAGGUGUUAGGAUACAGUUUAAGCCAGAUGAUGGAUCAUCUCCAGAUAGGAUAGCUCAAAUUUCAGGACCUCCAGAUAAUUGUCAGCAUGGUGCAGAAAUUAUAACUGAUCUUCUUCGUAGUGUUCAGUCUGGAAACUCAGGACCUGGUGGCCCAGGGCCUGGUGGCAGAGGAAGGGGUAGAGGACAAGGAAACUGGAACAUGGGUCCCCCCGGUGGAUUACAAGAAUUCAACUUUGUUGUUCCUACUGUGAAAACUGGGCUGAUUAUUGGGAAAGGUGGAGAAACUAUAAAAAACAUAAGUCAACAAUCUGGUGCCAGAAUAGAGCUUCAAAGAAAUCCUCCACCAAAUUCAGACCCAAACAUGAAAAUGUUUACUAUUCGUGGAACUCCACAACAGAUUGAUUAUGCAAGACAACUUAUUGAGGAAAAAAUAGGCGGUCCAGUGAAUCCUCUUGGCCCUCCUGUCCCUCAUGGUCCUCCAGGUGUACCCGGACCUCAUGGGCCUCCCGGACCUCCUGGCCCUGGUGCUCCUAUGGGACCUUACAAUCCACCACCCUACAAUCCAGGUCCCCCUGGACCAGCACCACAUGGCCCUCCUGCUCCAUAUGCUCCUCAAGGAUGGGGGAACUCAUACCCACACUGGCAGCAGCAGCAGCAGCAACCAACUCAGCCAGACCCAAGUAAAGCAGCGACAGACCCCAAUUCUGCAGCAUGGGCAGCUUAUUAUGCUCACUAUUAUCCGCAGCAAGCACCCCAGCCACCUGCAGCUCCUACUGCUGGACCAAGUACAACCCAAACUAAUGGACAAGCUGAGCAACCAGCAGCGGCGCCUCCAGCCGGGCAAGUAGACUAUACAAAGGCGUGGGAAGAGUAUUACAAGAAAAUGGGUCAGCAAGCACCACCACAAGAUUAUUCAAAAGCAUGGGAAGAAUACUAUAAAAAGCAAGGACAAACUGUCCCAGCACCCAGCUGCUGCUGCACCUCCAGCUGGUCAGCCAGACUACAGUGCAGCCUGGGCGAGAGUACUAUAGACAACAAGCAGCUUAUUACGCCCAGACAAGUCCACAAGCAAUGCCACAGCAUCCUCCAGUGCCACAGGGCCAAUAAUACGAAGUGGACAAUACAGUAUUUGCUUCAUUGUGUUGGGGAAAACGUUUGUUAAAUAUUUGGAUGCAGACGCCUUGAUGAAGAUCUUAAUUUUGUUUGGUUUAAAAUUUGUUUUGAAAAAUGUACAAAUCUAUCACUACUGACUGGUAGGAGGCAAUAUUUCUGUGUAGAAAUGGAAAUCGGUUUGUUUUUAGUAUUAGUGUAGAUGUACACAUUCCAGCAAAUGUAUUUGCAACGAUUAUGUGGUCAAUGCUUUGUGAUACAAAUGUACUUUUUCAAUGUAUACUUUAUCACUUUUAAAUGCCUGUUUUGUGCUUUACAAUAAAUAAUAUGAAACCUCCUGUGUCGGUAAGUUGGAUAUGUGAGUAUUAAAGGCAAUAUAUUAUUUGUACUAAUGCUUUGCAGUAAUACCAAUUUGUCAUUUUUGUAAAAUUGUGUUCAGAUUUCUUCAUCAAACUUAGUUUUUAUUAAAAAAAAAAAAAAGUGAGCUUAUCGGUGGCACAGUGCCAGUAUUCAUGUUUUUGUUUUGGAUUUGUAAAUAGGAUAUUUUGUCCCUUGCAUUAACAGUUUUCUUUACACAUGACCAUUGUUUUCAACCCUGUACAGCUAUACGUACCCCAUCACUGCUGUGGAGUUUUGUAUUUCUUCCAGUAGUGUUGGUAUUAAACUUUGUAACAUUUUGAUUUGUUUCCUGUAUAAAUUUAAGAAUUUCUGACA